AGUGGAGCAGCAGGAGCAAAAAAUAAAGGACAUUGAGGCAACAAUACUGGAGAGAGAGAAGAGCAUCGCAGGCACAACUCAGGAACUAAAGGGUCUGAAAAAAGAAAAUGAAAUUCUGAAAAUUCAGGCCAAUGAACUGCAAAAAAAAACACGAUCAACAGUUACAACAGGUUUCAUCAGUUGCUCAAAGUGAAGAGCUGUUAAAAGCACUUGUAGAAAAAGACAGAUAUAUAACAGAACUGUUAAGGGAGGUGGAAUCUCAAAAAGCUGCAGUAGAGCAACAAAGGAAGAAGAAUAAUGACCUUCGGGAGAAAAACUGGAAAGCAAUGGAGGCAUUGGCAUCAACUGAAAAAAUGCUACAAGAGAGAGUCAACAAGGCCGCCAAGGAGAAGCCGCAGAACCUUCACACAGGGGAAAUGGAAGCACGAGAAAUCCUGCAGAAAAUCUUCCCAAAUGUGUCUGUUUCUUCCAGUUUGCACCAUGGCGAAUGGAUCCAGGAAUUUGAGAAGUUGGCUAGAGUUUGUUUAAAUGAAAAUGGUGGAGCUGAGAAAGUGAAGGCAAUGGAGCAGAAGCUAAAGGAGGGAGAGGAAAUCCAUACAUUGCUGAAGCUCGAGUGUGAGAAAUACAAAUCGGUGCUGGCAGAAACGGAAGGAAUUCUGCAGAGGUUGCAGCGCAGUGUGGAGGAAGAGGAGGGGCGAUGGAAGAUAAAGCUGGAGGAGUCUCAGAAUGAGCUUACAGAGGCAGCAUCUGCCGUUCGUGCAUUGGAACAGGAGGUUGACAAACUGAAAAGAUGGAACAAGGAGGCAGAACAUUUCCUAAAGGAGAAAGAGAAUUUGGAAACCGAGCUGGAAAAGGCAGAGCUUGAGAGAACGACCUACGUGUCCGAAGUCAGAGAGCUGAAAGAUCUGUUGACUGAAUUGCAAAGAAAGCUUGACGAUUCCUAUUCAGAAGCAGUAAGGCAGAAUGAAGAGCUGACCUUGCUGAAGAGUCAACUGGAUGAUACAAUAAAGAAACUGGAAAUGGAGCAGAGCGAGCGUCAAAAAGUGGCCAGUGAUUUAAACGAGGCACAGAAAUCCCUGGACCUCAUUCAGGUUGAAAUACUCAAGGGCUCUGGAGACUCUAAUGUCAUAGAGAACAGUGGCAUAUCCCUAGAAAAGGUUGAAUUACCCGAGGGACUGUACCACUGAGGAUAAAAUGGAAGACAUUGUAAUCAUGUUUUGCCAAAAUUAAAGCCUUAUUUAUGUCUUCACCCUUUCUACUUUGUCAGAAACACUGAACAGUGCUACGUCUUUUCUAAUUCUUAUUAAACUACUGAUUUAAACCGGACGAUAAUAAAUAUAAAAAAAAAACACUCUGCAGACAGUUUAGUUUUAUAGUAAAAAAAAGAAUAAAAAAUAAAUUCUUUUUGGAUAUAUAGAUCUUUACAUUCCUGAAGCUGCAGUAAAGACGUCUACCUUUUUUUUUUUCUUAUUUUGUUCAAUACAGAUUUAUGCAGAAGAAUCAACUAUGGCAAAGAUGAUGUAACAAAUAUAUAUAUAUCCUUUUAUUACAGACGUUGUACACUGUUUUACUUAAAUCCACUUUGGAAGUAGACACCUCUUCGACCUCAAAUAAAACACUUUAUUUUUA